UAACUACUUUUUUCAGGGCUUACCUGCGGUCGAGUGUAACGGAGAGAAAGGUCGCACGGUCAGGCUGGGCUGCGGCGACAUAUAAAAGGCUCUGCCCCGCCCGACAGUGGUUGUCGACUGGGUGUGUCCAAAACAGCAGGAUGAGAACGACUGUGUUGGUGUGCUGGGCAGUGGUGGGGACACUGGUGGUGGCGGCGGAGGCCACGGCUUUCAGGUAUGUCCAGCCUGUGCAUGACAUCGCAGCAGCGUACGAGAACUAUCAUCAGCUCUGGAUGGCCGAGGCCCGAAGGAACUCUGUAGCCCCGAUGUCACCGACCCAGCGGAUUGCACGGCCACGACCACGCAUGCGCCUGCGCAAGGUGGCAGCGGCAAAGAAGGCUGAGCCGUCACCUGUGGCAGCGGAAAAACCGGCUCAGGAGAAGGCGGCCACAGAAACGGAAAAACUUAUGCCCGAAGAGAGGGCCCAAAAACCAAUGGUCGCAGAAAAAACGACUGAAACUCAGACAGUUGUCGAAGAACAAACUCCGGCGGCAACAACCGAACUGCCAGUCCAGACCACAACGGCCGUCGAGCAGACCACUACAGAACAGGUAAUCCAGGAAGAGGUUACAACGCAGAUGCCGGUGGAAGACCAGACCGCUGCCGAGGCUAGGGUAGCCAGCAAGCAAGUGGCCCCCGAGCAAAUCCUUAGCAGGCCCGGCUCGCCCACAGACAUGAAAAAUGCCUUCGAUAGCUUCUUUACUCGCUGGAAUGCUGAAAGGAUCAGGAACUCCAGGCCACCGGUGGCUUUGACCAUCCCUGAAAUGAGAAGGGAACUGCAGCUGCAGGAGCAGAGAAGGUUGGCAGCUCAGGCUGUAUCCAGCAUGCCCGUGGACACCCCUGCCGCGACACCAGCACCCGAAGCCCCAGUCGACACCCUCACGAAGUCUGCCCCAGCGCCCCCCGCUACCCCCGCCACCGCCUCUGAUGCUGCUGCCUCUGCUGCCGGCAACGACUGGCUGUCUUUGGCACAGCAGCAGGGCGCGUCGCCGCUCAUCAUCGUCCUCCAGCACCCGGGGGCCGGGACCCCCGUGCUAGGUUAGGCGUGACGAGAGAGAGAGAGAGAGAGAGAGAGAGAGAGAGAGAGAGAGAGAGAGAGAGAGAGAGAGAGAGAGAGAGAGAGAGAGAGAGAGAGAGAGAGAGAGAGAGAGAGAGAGAGAGAGAGAGAGAGA